AUGUCAGACGGAGCAUUGCAGGUACUGGACGGAACGCACCUCAGAGGUCUGGAUCUGUCCUUAGGCGACGGUUCAUUCACCGGAGCUAACAUACUCGACAUUGCCCAUUCCCGCGCCUCUUCUUCCCUCUUUGGCCUCUCAUUACCCGAUUCUCUCAGAGCCUCUGCUCUCACGCGCCUCCGCGCAUCCGAUGCUGACGCCUUCCGUUCUGCUGAGUUCUCCGCCGACAAGGCUUCCGAUGUUCUCCGGGACUACAUCACUGCCAUCGCCGAUGAACUCAAAGAUAAUCCUCUUGUUGUAUCAAUCUUGGAUGGAAGUACUCUCCGUUUGUUAUUAGAGGAUGAGGAUGACUUCGCCAUGUUAGCAGAAAAUCUAUUCACUGACUUAGAUGCUGAAGACAACGGGAAAAUCAGCAAGAGUGAAAUUCGGAGUGCUCUUGUCCAGAUGGGAGUUGAGAUGGGCGUUCCUCCUUUCUCAGAAUUUCCUCGGCUAAAUGAUUUGUUGAGAAAACAUGGGGCGGACGGAGAAGAAAAAUUGGGUCAGGCACAGUUUGCACAGCUUCUGCAGUCUGUACUGCAAGAUCUAGAAGAGGAACUUUCGAAAGAGAAUGUUGUUGUUAUUCAGAAUAUUCAAAUCAUUAAUGGCUCUAAGCUAAGACAGCUAUUAGCCAAUGAACAGGAAUUGAACAGCACAGUGGGGAAGGUAUUGCGGGAAAAACUGGAAGCAAAGGAUGGCUUAGGGAGCAGAGAUAUAAUAAGGAGCUAUCUAGAGAGAAACGCAAAAGAAUUGGGUCUACCACUAGUUCAAGCUGACGAGGCAGUUGCUCUUCUUUAUGACGCUGUUUUUGAUGAUAUAACAAAAGAAAAAGAUGAAAGUGAAUUAGAUAAAGAAGAGUUAGUAAAACUUGUGAAGGAGAUACUCCAAAAAUUCGCAGAGCAACUCGAAGCUAAUCCUGUGUUUCAGGACUUAUCGUAA